AUGUCAGACGAAGUAGGGGUACUUGCCAAACCUCUCACAUUAAAAUGUGGUUUGGUUCUGCCAAAUCGACUAGUCAAGGCAGCCAUGGCCGAGGCUAUGUCGAAGGAUGGAUUGCCAAACAAAGAGUUCCGCCGACCUUAUCAAACAUGGGCCAAAGGUGAAUGGGGCAUGGUGAUUUCAGGCAACGUACAGAUCGAUCACAAGUACAUGGGCCAGCCCGGAGAUGUAUGUGUGAGCGAAUCUUUCGACUACACUAAAAUGUUGGGGGCCUGGAGAUCGUGGGCUAAAGAUUGCAAUGCUAAUGGAACACCCUCGAUUGUUCAAAUCAAUCACCCUGGAAGACAAUCUCCAAUAGGCGCUGGCAAGCGCGGCCUCUUGGAAAAGAAUCUCGCGCCAAGUGCCGUGCCUUUGGGAUUCGGCAAGGGCAUAGUGGCCCGUUUUCUAAGCUCCGUGGUCUUUGGAACGCCCCGUGAGAUGACAACUGAAGAUAUCCGAAAGGUCGUGCAGCAGUUUGCCAACGCUGCUCGACUCGCCUCUGAUGCCGGGUUUGCUGGAAUUGAGGUCCAUGCUGCUCACGGCUAUUUGUUAUCCCAGUUCUUAUCGACCUAUUCUAACAAACGAACGGAUGAGUACGGAGGUUCUCCCCUUAAAAGGGCAAAGGUUGUUGUUGAUGUUAUCAAUGCUAUCCGGAGUGUUGUGCCAGCAAACUUCUGCGUUGGAUUGAAACUCAACUCGGUGGACCAUCAGUCAGAGGCGGAACUAAAAGGCUGUAUCGAGCAGCUACAGUCAAUCACGAAGGCAGGUAUCGAUUUCCUUGAGAUUAGUGGAGGCAGUUAUGAAGAUCGACAGUUGAUCGGAGAACCGCACCACAAAUCCGAUCGCACAAAGGAGCGCGAAGCCUUCUUCCUAGAUUUCGCCGAGGCUAUCCGACGUGAAUUCCCCGGGCUGCCGUUGAUUGUUACUGGUGGCUUCCGCACGCGAAAGGGCAUGAACCAAGCAGUUGCAAACGGGGCAUGUGAUGGCAUCGGGUUGGCAAGACCAGCUGUGCUCCAUCCUGCUAUACCCAAGGAAUUAAUUCUUAAACCGGAGAAAAAUAAUAUCGAUCUCUCACGGGAUAUGCCAACCGUACCGGUCCCAUGGUUUAUACGCUUAACAGGCAUUCGAGUGCUCGGUGCUGGCGCAGAAACAGCUUGGUAUGGUGCUCGUCUUAAAAAGAUUGGAUUGAGCUAG